AUGUCUUCGCACGGAACUACCGAAAACCCUACUCCUGGAACCUCGUCCACGUCCGAGAGACGUAUUCCCCAGAAUCUGGCCCAAGAGAUUCAAGACCAGGAAAUGAAGGAGGAAUCCGAUAGCGAUGACGACAAUGAAGAACUUAAGCGGCAACUUAAGCGGAACAACAACAAGCUCAGGGAAAUGAAAAACCUGUUCAACCAGAACGUCAAAGCCCUCAAGGAGCUACAGGAACAAGCCCGCCGCACCAAAGAACUAGAGAAGGAAGUCACAACCCUUCGAGCUGCCGCGAACGUCAUAUCAGCUCCUGUCGAAGGAAGAGAACGCCUUAAGCUCAACACCCCUACCACCUUCGACGGAACCCCUGGACAGCUCAAAGGAUACUUAGUACAGAUACGGACCUACCAAGCCUUCCACAUCAACACGUUCCAGAACGAUACCGAACGUGUCGUCCACGCCGCCACCUUCUUGAGAGGGAAGGCCCUCGCUUGGUUCGAACCCCUCCAACAAGAAUGGCUGGAUACCCCUAUCGAGAGAUACAGUCAAGAAGUGAAGGACAUCUUUUUCAGCUUCAGUGGAUAUGUUAAAGCCCUUCAAUCCCUCUUCUUAGACCCCGAUGAGAAAAGACAAGCAGAAAGAGAACUGGCAAACCUACGACAAAACAAAUCAGCUACAAUGUACGCCGCAGAAUUUCGACGACUCGCAGCCAGACUCGACAUAACCGACGAAAGCAAAGUCUUCGCUUUCUACCAGGGUCUCAAGGACGACGUCAAGGACGAAAUGGCCAAAGUGGACACGCCACCUAGCUUCCUUGAUUAUGUCGAAUACGCCAUUAAGAUUGACAACCGACUGUUUGAACGACGCAAGGAAAAAGGAGAAAAACGUCAAACAGCCAACUCAGGAAAGAAAUACCAAUGGCAACCCCAACACAAGUUCAACAAAAACCAGAACAACAGGAACAACAAUCAGCAGAGCACCGCACAUAGACAACAUAGCGGACCCAUGGACCUGAGCGUCGCGCAAAAAGACAAACCCAGACGCAGAGAAUUCAAAUGCUACAACUGCGACAAGCCAGGACACAUGGCCAGACACUGCACACAGCCUAAGAAACUUACGGCAACCCCUAAGCAAGCCAACGCUGCAACCAAAAUCCCUAGCUACGAAGAAAAGGGAUAG